ACUUGAACAGAAUCAUGAAGGGCGUCAUUUGCUUAUGAACGUGCAAUACAAGGGUAGUGGCCAGCUUGUUAUAUAUAGGUUUGAGAGGAGCCAGGCUUUGGUAGUCAAGGAAAACCUGUAUCUAAAACCAAGACACGAGAAACCGAAAACCUUCAUAUUGCUUCCAUCAUGCUUUCGCGAUGCUUGCUUCAGUCACGCGUGAGUGAGGAUCCUAUUCUUCAAAUCAACAUUGAUGGGCAUUACGAGUCCAAAAUCUAUACUUUCGGUUCUACAAUCUCGGGUUUUGUCACAAUAACAUCCCAAAACUAUCUCCCUUUUCAGUCUCUUCAGAUUGAUCUAAGAGGCAUCACUUCAACCUGUGGUCACGCAUUCCAGUAUGGUACACCUUUCAAUACCCAUACCUUUAUGCAGCUACAGAUGCCAAUAUCUGCAUCGGCUCUGCCCAUCAAUCAGUCACUUGAGCCUGGACAAUUGUACCACGUUCCGUUUCGGUUCGUGAUUCCCGAGCAACUCUCUCCCACCGCAUGCCACCACCAGAACAUAGCAGUCAGGGAGCGACACUUGCGGCCACCACCAAGCAUGGGUGUUUGGGACCAUGACGAUCUAGCAGGUGGCUCUGCACAUGUCGAUUAUGUGAUCAGGGCGCGACUUGUGUUGAGCAAGAACAAACGAGGAGAGGAACAGUAUCUCGACCAGAGUCGUUCCGUCAAGGUUAUUCCAGCUCUUCCUGAGCAACCUCCACUUCACGUCAGUCCUGAAAACUCAGAGUACUGCCUGUCUCAGAGUAAGACGAUCAGAAAAGGUGUCAUAGGCACAAAGAUGGGACUUGUUCGGGCUUCGGCCACUCAGCCGAGACCAAUCGUACUCUGCUUAGAUGGACUCAACGCUUCCGGAUCUCAAAUACCUAUCAAUCUGGAAUACAUUCCGGUAUCACUCAGUGCAGCACCACCCGAAAUGCGCGUUAAAUCAGCCACCAUCGAAACAUUUACAAAUUUCUGGCUCGGUCUGGACGGCUAUCUACCGGAUCACCAUCAGAAACCAUCAAAUUCAGCUGCUCCAACAGCACCCUGGUCAACUUCACAUGCACUUGUUCUCACUGAUCGAGAAAGGGUAAGCUGGCAGAAGGGCCAACAACUCGAUCCAGAGAAAGGAUCAGAGAGAAGGUUUUCAGAGCCCAUGCAAACUAUUCGAGACUGCGCAGAAACCCAGGCCUUACCACGUUCAGCUUCGUGUGCCUCCCAUGGGGACUUUGACUCGUCCAGAUCUCCUGCAUACAGGGCUACCAUUCUACAGUCAUUCAAGCUUCCUACCAAGAAGUCAAUGUUCCUUCCUACCUUUUAUUCCUGUCUGAUCAGCCGAACCUACCGGAUUAGACUCACCUUAGCCAUAGGCACUCAUGGCACUACGAUCUCUCUUGUAAUACCACUCCAGAUAGCAGCCAAAGGAUUGGAUAAUAUGGCAGACAAUGGUCAACUGCGUUGCAUACCUUACAGCCGAGAGCCUCAACUACUUGAGGAUGUACUUCCGCCAUAUAGUCCUUCAAGAUAAUAAUGCAAUGAAGUUUAUUUGAACGGAAACUGAGUAUAGUAACUCCUUGGCUUUCCUGCUGUGAUGCCGCUCUUUUUCAUAGAUACAUAGUGGAUACUCUGUCUUGUAGCAAUUCCGUGGAAUUCUCGGCGGAACUGAUGACUGGGCUCACAAGCUAAAUAUCUUCCGUGGAACUGUUCAAACUAUGUUAAAUCAUGAGAAAUUUACGUUUUGACCUAUUUCCGUAAUACAUUUUCUUGAUAAGGG